CAUCUCUCUCUCUCAAGCCCAGAUUUUUGGUUUGAAAAAGAAAAAAGGAAAAAGAAAAAGAGAGACCCACGCCACGCAUAAGAAAAAACACACGCGUCCUCCAUUCUUCAAAGGCUCGAUUUUUUUUUUCCUCUCCUUGAUUCGAUUGGAUCAAGUCCACAAUGCCAGAAAACGAAGCUCUUAGAGAGAGAAAAUAUGCAAAUUUAAACGUUUUUGGAGAGAGAAAUAGAAUCAUGAUUUCUUAGUUAUUCCUCCCCUCCCUUUUUUGUCCUCUCGAUUAACCUAACCUAACCCUAGUUUUUUUCUUUGUUAAUUUUAAUUUUCUUUUCGGUUUAAAACAAACACGUGAUCGAAAUUUGGAUGUGUAUGGAUUGUCUGCGAGGUUGAGUCGGUGAUUGUGUUGCCAUAUAAUUUCCUCGCUUUUUUAUUUGGGGGAUUUUUCUUAAUUAGGGUUUCAGAUUAUAGUUAGGGUUCGAUUUUUCUUUUUUACUUAUUUGAAGUUUGAAUUGAUGGAGCCUCGUGUCGGUAAUAAGUUUAGGCUUGGUCGUAAGAUCGGUAGCGGCUCUUUUGGAGAGAUCUAUCUGGGUACGAACAUUCAGACAAAUGAAGAGGUUGCCAUUAAGCUUGAAAAUGUGAAGACAAAGCAUCCUCAGUUGUUAUAUGAAUCAAAGUUAUACAGGAUCCUGCAGGGAGGAAGUGGGAUUCCAAAUGUGAGAUGGUUUGGAGUUGAGGGAGACUAUAAUGUUCUGGUUAUGGAUUUGCUUGGACCUAGUCUUGAAGAUCUAUUUAGUUUCUGCAGUAGGAAACUCUCUUUGAAGUCCGUUCUCAUGCUUGCAGAUCAAAUGAUCAAUCGUGUCGAAUUUGUUCAUUCAAAAUCAUUCCUCCAUCGAGAUAUUAAGCCCGACAAUUUUCUUAUGGGCUUGGGAAGGCGUGCAAAUCAGGUCUACAUCAUUGACUUCGGUCUAGCUAAGAAAUAUAGAGACAGUUCAACUCAUCAACACAUUCCAUACAGGGAAAAUAAGAAUUUGACUGGAACUGCAAGAUAUGCAAGCAUGAACACACAUUUGGGCAUUGAGCAAAGCCGUAGGGAUGAUUUAGAGUCUCUUGGAUAUGUGCUUAUGUACUUCCUAAGGGGAAGUCUUCCUUGGCAAGGUCUGAAAGCUGGAACUAAGAAACAGAAAUACGAGAAAAUUAGUGAGAAGAAGGUUUCUACUUCAAUUGAGGCCUUAUGUCGAGGUUAUCCAACAGAAUUUGCAUCAUACUUCCAUUAUUGCCGUUCACUAAGAUUUGAUGAUAAGCCAGAUUAUUCUUAUCUCAAAAGAAUCUUUUGUGACCUCUUUAUUCGUGAAGGCUUCCAGUUUGAUUAUGUCUUUGAUUGGACCAUUUUGAAGUAUCAGCAAUCACAGCUGGCCACUCCUCCAGCUCGAGCCAUAGGCCCUGGUGCUGGAACUAGUUCUGCCAUGCCCCCUGCAAUUGCCAAUUCUGACAGACACCCUGCUGGUGAGGACAUGCGAGCAGCUGGUUUCUCAUCCAUAGAUUCCUCUAGGCGGAGAACAUCAGGACCCUUGAUGAAUUCUGGAAAUUAUGCAAAGCAGAAGAGUCCCAUUGCAAAUGAUCCUGCAAUUACCAAAGAAUCUAUGUUUGUGGGGCAGUCAGGUGGAUCAUCUUCAAGACGAGUUGCUGUUUCUAGCAGUCGUGAUGCGUUUGCUGGCAGUGAGGUUGACCCCCAACGUUCUCGUACAACUGAUGCUAGCCCUGGAGCAUUGCACAAAAUUACAAGUCGACAACGAAGUCCUGUUGAAUCUGCUGACCCUAACCGGACAUUGUCUGGGAGAAAUACCUCUAACGUCAAGAACUAUGAAGCUGCCCUCAAGGGAAUCAAGGGCCUGCAGUUUGAAAGUGAUGAGAGAAUUGAUUAUUAAAUGCUCAGCAAUAUGUUGUAAACCAUGAAAUGGUUGAUGUACUACUACAUUUUGUAACAGGGUAUGUUUUCUUUUUGGGGGGUUGGGGGGGGGGGGGUUUGAGUUUUCAAGUGGAAUUUGUAACUUGGAGCCCCUGAUGUAGACUCUCGUGCACCGAAAGCGUAAAUUUCUGCACUCAUGGAAAGCUUGUGAAGUGAAAUUUGACUGCAUCAAAAUUGUUGCCCGUGAAGGCUAGGUGUGUGGUAUGGCUAUUUUGCCAACGGUUUCAACUUACUUGUUUUUGUGGCGUCACUUUCAUUAUAAGAUUAUACUUUCAGGCGUCCAUAAGAUUAUGCUUUCUCAGUUAUCUGGAACUUCUUUUCUAGUUUUUGAGGUUUGAAACCUUGUGGCAUUGUAAAGUGUUUACCGUAUUCAUGCAACUCUUGUUCUUACCUUUUCUUUUCC